AUGGCGGUGAACCGUCUGCGACUAGUGCAACAGAAGGAGACGGCACUAGCUAAAGCCCAACGACGAGAAAUGGCAGGGUUAUUGGAAGCAGGCAAGGAGGCCAGUGCCCGGAUCCGCGUGGAAAACAUCAUUCGAAACGACAUCAGCGUCGAGCUGCUGGAGAUUCUCGAAUUGUACUGUGAACUGCUGCUGGCUCGAAUCGGACUGCUGGACGCCAAGGAAUGCGAUCCUGGCCUGGAGGAGGCCGUGUGCACCGUCAUCUAUGCGGCUCCCCGUACGGAAAUCAAAGAAUUGCAUACUAUCAGAGACAUUUUCGUCACCAAGUUUGGCCGCGACUUUGCGAAGGAGGCCCUGGAGAACCCCGACGUGAAAAUCCCCGAAAAGGUCAUGACCAAGCUGAGCGUACAGCCCCCCAGCGCCGAGCUCAUCACCCUGUAUCUCAGAGAGAUAGCCCGCGCCUACAAUGCUCCAUUCAGUGAACUGUACACCAAGGAGGAGCUUGAGGAGAUGGAACGACAGGAGAAUGGUGGGGAUGACGACGACGAUGAUGACGAACCCUCCAGCGGACUCAAGGAAAAGCUCCCUGAGGAACCUCUGCCCGCAACAUCAGGUAAUGAGGCUGUUCGUCGUUUGUCCGAGUCCCUGGAGCCUCCCAAGUCGCCCAUCGCCAUCUCGCCUCCUGCCCCCAGAUCAUCUAACCCCAAGCCCGAGCUCAAGCUGCCGUUUCAGAAGGACUCUCCCACCCGACCGCGUCCCAGACCCGCUGUUAAGAAGGAUGAUGAGUUUGACGCUCUUCAGAAGAGACUGGACGCCCUGAGAACGAAAUAG